AUGGCGCGAGAGCAUAAGCCGUCGAUAAUCUUUAUCGAUGAAAUAGAUUCAUUGUGCUCGUCACGCUCAGACACUGAAAGUGAAUCGGCACGACGUAUAAAAACCGAAUUUCUGGUUCAGAUGCAAGGGGUUGGCAAUGAUGCGGAGGGUAUCCUUGUACUCGGUGCUACCAACAUUCCAUGGGUACUGGAUGCUGCUAUUCGACGACGAUUUGAGGUGGUUUUUUUUUAA